GAGAACAACGUCUGACAUUUCACAUUGACAAUGUAUCGUAUCGCCUGAAAAUUCUUGACAGUUCGCAUGUACGUCUUUUUCAUAACAUCGGAUAUUCAACACCGUGUAUUCGUUUGCAAUCUUACGUAAUUUUUUUACAAAAUAGAAACAAAAAACGGACCCAAAACCAUAAUAUCCGUUUUAAAUUCCAGUUGUUGAUGUCCGUAUAAAUCAAGCGAAAAGUUCAAAAUGUUACGUCUUUGCCUGAGCAAAAGUCUAGGUGGUGGUAAUAAUCGAUUGAUGUUUGCCGUAAGAGCAAGCUCGUCGACUGCAACACCAGCCAAAGCGCCCGAAAAAAUCGAAGUAUUCGUCGAUGAUCAGAGUGUUUUCGUUGAACCUGGCACAACUGUGCUGCAAGCUGCGGCACAAGUUGGUGUAGAAAUUCCACGAUUCUGUUAUCAUGAGCGUUUGGCUGUUGCAGGUAAUUGUCGUAUGUGCUUGGUUGAGGUUGAAAAAAGUCCAAAACCAGUUGCCGCAUGUGCGAUGCCAGUGAUGAAGGGAUGGCGUAUCAAAACCAAUUCAGAUUUGACACGACGAGCAAGAGAAGGUGUUAUGGAAUUUUUGUUGAUGAACCAUCCGCUCGAUUGUCCAAUUUGUGAUCAGGGCGGAGAGUGUGAUUUGCAAGAUCAAGCUAUGGCCUUUGGUUCAGAUCGAUCUCGAUUCGUUGAUAUUCAUCACACAGGAAAACGUGCUGUUGAAGACAAAGACAUCGGUCCAUUGGUAAAAACCAUUAUGACACGUUGUAUCCACUGCACACGUUGUAUUCGUUUUGCAUCAGAAAUUGCUGGUGUCGAUGAUUUGGGUACCACUGGUCGUGGUAGUGAUAUGCAAGUCGGAACCUAUGUUGAAAAGUUGCUUUUGUCUGAAUUGUCUGGUAACAUAAUUGAUUUGUGCCCAGUCGGUGCGUUGACCAACAAACCGUACAGUUUUGUGGCUCGUCCAUGGGAAAUCCGUAAGAUUGAUAGUAUCGAUGUGCUAGACGCCAUUGGCAGCAAUGUCAUUCUCAGCACUCGUACCAACGAGGUGAUGCGUGUUGUUCCCCGUGAAAAUGAAUCCAUUAACGAAGAAUGGCUGGGUGAUAAGUCAAGAUUCUCAUGUGAUGGUUUGAAGCGUCAACGUUUGAUUGCUCCAUUGCUUAAAAUUGACGGUGAAUUGAAAGCCGUUGAAUGGGAAAGUGCUUUGAUUGCUGUUGGCCGUAAUUUGCAAAAAGCUGACGGUAAAAUUGCCGCUGUUGUUGGUGGAUUGGCUGAUGUUGAGUCCGCUGUUGCUCUUAAGGAUCUUUUGACCAAAUUCAAUUCGAAAACUAUCGCAACUGAAACCACUGUUCCAAAAGUAUGCGCUGGCAAUCGUUCAACCUACAUUUUGAACACUCCAAUCGCUGAUAUCGAAGAUGCUGAUGAGAUUUUGCUCGUGGGAACCAACCCACGGUAUGAAGCACCAAUUUUGAAUACUCGUCUGCGCAAGAGCUACGUCCACAAUGAAGGAAAUGUUUCGUUGAUCGGACCAAAAGUCGAUCUUUCGUAUAAAUAUGAGCAUUUGGGAGACGAUGCUUCAAUCAUCAACGAUAUUGUUAGUGGCAAACAUCCAUUGUCCAAGCGAUUGGAAAGUGCUCAAAAACCAGUCAUCAUCGUUGGUGUUGACCAAUUAGCUAGACCAGAUGGAGAGGCUAUCCUUACCUCACUCUACGAAUAUGGAAAGAAAUUGUCAAAGAGUGGAUGGAAUGCAUUCAAUGUUUUGCAACGCACCGCUUCCGCUACCGGUGCACUUGAUAUUGGAAUUACAAACAGUGUCGACGAUGUGAUUGCAUCGAAACCAAAAGUGUUAUUCUUGUUGGGCGCUGAUGAUAACAAGAUCACACGCGAUAAAUUGCCAUCAGAUUGUGUCAUCAUCUAUCAAGGUCAUCAUGGUGAUGCUGGCGCUACAAUUGCCGACAUUGUGUUGCCAGGUGCUGCUUACACAGAAAAGCAAGGCACAUAUUUGAAUGCGGAAGGCCGUGCUCAGCAAACGUUGGCCGCCGUUUCUGCACCUGGAUUAGCUCGCGAAGACUGGAAGAUCAUCCGAGCCGUCUCUGAAGUUGUAGGUCAUCCAUUGCCAUACGACACGCUCGAUGACAUUCGUAGCCAUUUGGAACAAAUCGCUCCACACCUCACCAACUAUGGCAAACGCGAAGGAACACCACUUGCAUCGUUACCAGCUGCCAAAUCGAAAAUUGCAAGCAGCAAAAUCGACAUUCAACAAAAGAAACUAGAUGAUUACUAUAUGACUGAUGUUAUUUCAAGAUCGUCACCAACCAUGGCGAAGUGCAUUGCAGCCGUUCGAAAAUCAGCCGUUGCAGCUAGCCAAUAAACGACGAUGAAUAGUAUACAAUAAAAUCUUUCUUAUUAUAAUUUUAAACGAAAAAAAAAAUUGAAAAAAGUGUUUUAAUCACUAAAAUUGUAAAAAUGCAAAUCAGGAAUAAAACAAGUAAUCCAAUUAGUGAAAAAAA